AUGGGUAUUGACUAUUACGGAGUUUUUUCUUUGAACCGAACAUGUACUCUGCUGGAUAUCAAGAAGAAAUACCGGCAGUUAGCAUUGGCAUUACAUCCUCUGAAAAAACCAAAUCCCCCUGGACAACCUGCGCCUAUCAUUGCUCCGCCGACUGUUACUUGGGAAUUAAUCGGUGAGGCGUAUGAAGUGCUGAGCGAUCCCUUAAGAAGAGAAAUAUUUGACCAAUUUGGUCAAGAAGGUUUACAACAAGGUGUCCCGACUCCAGACGGGUUUGUACCACCAUAUGUGUAUCACGGUGAUGCAAUGAAAACAUAUCAAGAUUUUUUUGGCUCCACAUCACCUUACGUAAAUAUACUAGACGCAUUUGAUGAUCCACAAACAUCACAUAUCCUUCCAAUCUGUCGCGGAUUGAAAGCUAAAGAUCCACCAAUUAUUCAACCAUUGUUACUAACCCUUAGCGAGGUUUUCCAUGGUGGAAUAAAAAAGAUGAAAAUUCAACGAAAAGUUUUCAUUGAUGAACAUCAAGCUGUAACGAGGGUGAAGGAAAAGAUAUUGGAUAUUCCCAUCAAGAGAGGAAUUUUGCCUGGAACCAGAAUAACAUUUGAAAAAGAAGGUGAUCAGGGACCUACAAAUGAAGCAGCUGACAUAAUAUUUGUAAUAACGGAUCGACCCCACGAAGUGUUUUCGCGAAUCGGCGCGCAUUUAGUUAUGGAUGUUAAAGUUGGUCUUAAAGAUGCUUUAUGCGGUACCAGCGUUACAGUGCACACCUUAGACAGAAGAAUCAUUCGAAUUCCUAUAACUACCAUCAUAAAUCCCGCAUAUGAAAAAAUUGUAGUCGGAGAAGGAAUGCCUCGAAUAGAAGAUCCAAAACUAAAAGGAGAUUUAAUUAUUAAAUUUAGUGUAACAUUUCCUACAUAUUUACCGAAAGCAAGUAAACAACUAAUUGCUAAAGCUUUCCACACUGCGGAACAAGAUGGAGGAAAAUUGACUUCAGACAAUAUAAACAGAUUAAUAUUAACAGAUAAAAUGAACCGCAUUGCUCUUAAAGAUAGAUUACCUAAAUUUUAA